GUCCUAAUGACUAAUUCCUUACUCUCAGCUUAUGUUUGAUAGCCUUAAGCGACUUCUCUACUCAAGCCUUUUGCUUCCUAUCACGGAGUGAAAUCAUCACUUGUGACCAUGGCGCCUUCCAUCAGCCCCUCAUCCAUUCCAUUCAUCUCUGCCCUGCGAAAGAAGCUUGGAUAUGGAGACUCUCGCUCGGAACAUUGCCAAUCAAUAUUAUUCUAUGACAGCGUCCGGACCUUCCGCAAGACCUUUGUGAGCAGUCAAGGGCACGAGAGCAGUGCAGUGCACGAUUGGAAGUCUUCAGAGAAUCAGCGUGCUCUGGAUGAGAUGGUCCAAGCAUAUCUCGACCGUGACGGCAAUGGACCUCGACUUUGGCCGGACGAAUCUGUCCAGAACUGGGUCAACAAGCUCAAGUAUUCCGUUCAUGAGACCAAGAUCAAGCGAAUCCUGAAGCAGCUCUUUUGGCGAAUGAACCUCCAGCAACACCAAUACCUCAAGUACAAAAAGAGCAAGGAGAAAACGGACAAAACCGACACACGCACACUCGAUGGAAGAGGUCUCAGCCACGAGGAUCCGAUCGAUGUAGAUGAGUUUGAGAAACCACUUGCGAACUCCAAUGCGGCUGAAACGCCGGGCACCUCAAGCUCUACCAAGACCGAUAAGCCACCUGCUUCUCCGAAGGUUAUUGAGCCAGCAUUCCACCCAGGCUCCGAUCAAGCACCAGAGGGCUACGACCAACAAGCCGAGAACACAUCCUUGAAUUAUCAUACCUUUGCCGCCAUGUCCUCGGCUGGCCCCAACGAAGACCGUCAAUUCGCGCCCUACGCCGAGAUGAACCCUUCCGAACCUCCAGCCAAGCGCCAAAAGGUUGACAACAUCGAGUCUUCCGAUCAGAAAUCAAAGGAGAAGCGAGAUAAGACUCCUACCGAUAUCCGAACAAGCCGUGUCUCACCACGCAAGCGUAAGAUACCUCAACGGGAUGGAUUCGCAACAGCCGAACAACUCUCUGCUAUAGAUGACAACUACCCUUCAGAGAUUGACAACGCCGCCAUUUCAUCUGAAGCCCACCUGGAAGCUUCUGGCGGCUCUUUCACUGGUGCCCGAGGGGGACCAGAUGUCCGCGCACGUGUGGAUAGUGUGGAGGAUUUCGCUGAUGAAACCAUCGUUCAACAGAACACCGAAAUUGAGAUGCAUUCACCUCGGCCAGACGAGGAUGUCAACAGCCCCGAAGCAUCAGCGCCAGUCGACCCCUCGCGUCAAGCGACUCCCGGUGUCGACCGUAAGAAGGCAGUCUCCUCCUUGGCAGACAUGAGACGCUCAGAGACCAUGGCUCCGGAGCCAGUUGAAAGUUUCAACCUACCCCAGACGGCAUCGUUGCGUCAAGCGCGGGUCAAAUUCGUGUACCGCAUAAUCACCCGCUACCCAAGCCGCCGAAGCUGCAUUUGGAAGCCUAAAGGAAGCUUCCGCACCAAGACGCUGGCCGAGCUAGAAGAUGAGCUCCCCCUGCAGUUCGAGCGCUCUAAGCUCCAGCAUCUCCUUCUUCGAAUGGAAGCUCGAGACACUCACGCAGAGCAGAUGAUCCUUUGUGGAAGAGAAGACGAGUUCGAUGCUCUCAAGCGUCAUCUCGCAGACUUUAUUCGAGAUUGCAUUGCAGAAUCGAUCCCCGGGGAAGAAGUUUCUGUCUUUAUUGAUAUUGAGCCGUUGUCAACUUCGGAUUCGACAGAGAAAUCUUCGGAAGUAGAGCAUAUUGCGUUUGAAUGGUGACGAAUCUUGAUUUGACCUAGAGUUUGUUGCGUUGCAAUUUCUGAUUUUCUUUGAUUGCCGACUUUUGAUGAACGACGAAGCUUCAAGAACAUGAUAGCGCUGGAGAUGAUGGUGGGUACCGCAUGAGUGGGAAGUAACCAAAUUGCAAACUCUUCAGAUACUGUUCCUUGAACAACCUGCUAGCACAAUGACACAGAAAGACUGAAGAGUCUCAAUUUUAAGCCCC